AUGGUAUCCUAUUUUACUCGUUUCUUGGCAUUGGCGGCUGCCCUCGCGCCAGCCUUCGGUGCUCCAGCAACUGCCCCUCAUCACCUUAAGAUCCGCAAUCCCCUGGCGGAGGAUGUUGUUCCAGACAGCUAUAUCGUCGUUUACAAUAGCAAUGUUGACGCUGCAACAAUUGCUAGCCACGUAACUUCAGUAAGCUCUAUGCUGUCCAGAGGAGAUCUAACAGGAAUUGGAGCGACGUAUGAUAUGGAUGAACUUAAGGGGUAUCAAGUCGUUGCCGAUGAGGCUGCUAUUGCUGAAAUUGCAGCUUCCCCUGAGGUCGCGUACAUUGAGAAGGAUGCCAAAGUCUACGCCAAUGCUCUCACCUCCCAGACUGGGGCUACCUACGGUCUUGGUCGCAUCUCUCACAGAAAUCAGGACUCGACCACCUAUAUUUACGACUCUUCAGCUGGCAGUGGAACAACGGUCUACGUCGUCGAUACGGGAACCUAUACCGCACAUUCUCAAUUUGGCGGACGUGCGACUUUUGGAGCGAAUUAUAUCUCUGGCUCACCAAAUACGGAUGAGAACGGCCAUGGUACCCACUGCUCUGGAACAAUCGCCGGAAGCACCUACGGCGUAGCCAAGAAAGCCAACCUCGUCGCCGUCAAAGUCCUUGAUAAGAGCGGAUCUGGCACCACCUCUGGCGUGAUUUCAGGAAUCCAAUGGGUGGGCAACAAUGCCAAUACAAACUCAGUCCUCAGCAUGUCUCUCGGAGGCACCUACUCCUCGGCCCUCAACUCCGCCGUGAAGAGCACAGUCGGCAAAGGCGUCACUGUCGUUGUGGCCGCUGGAAACGACGGCGAUGAUGCUGGUAACUACUCACCUGCUUCUGAACCAACUGCGAUUACCGUUGGUGCCAUCGAUGCGGACGACAACCGUGCCAGCUUUUCCAACUAUGGAAGCCUCGUUGAUGUCUUUGCUGCUGGUGUAAAUGUUCUGAGCUCGUGGAUUGGAAGCACGACUGCGACGAAUACGAUCAGUGGAACUAGCAUGGCGACCCCGCACAUUGCAGGUUUGGCUGCAUAUCUCAUUGCUCUUGAAGGUAUCACUACUCCGGCUGCUGUUCAAAGCCGUAUCAAGGCUCUCGCCACCUCCGGCAAGAUCAUUGACGCCAAGUCAGCAAACAAUCUCAUUGGGUACAAUGGCAAUGGAUCAUAA